AUGAAGAACAAGGAGGCUAUUGCUACUCUGGAAAAAAGAGAGCAGUUGAUUGAGAAAAAGAUGGCUUUGCAGGAACAAGACGCACGGACCCGUGCUGCCGCUAAGGAUAAGCGGGGUGCAUUGAUGGCUUUGAAGCGAAAGAAGAUGCUCGAGGGUGAACUUACAACUUUGAUGAAUUCACGAAUGACUUUGGAACAGCAAAUUUUGUCAUUGGAGUCGAGCCAGACCACAGCAGUGGCCGUCUCGGCCUUGGCUACUGGUGUAUCGGCCCAGAAGAUUAUGAACCAACAACUCAACAUUGACAACAUUGACGUUCUUAUGGACGACAUGCAGGAGAUGCAGGACAUGCAAAAUGAGGUUGCUAAUGUCCUCGCUGGUGGGAACACUGUCAUGGACGACGAGGACCUCCUCAAUGAACUUGAUGAAAUCGAGGCUCAGGAGUUGGAGGCCAAAAUGGUCGAU